UCCCACCGUGUCCGACACUUCUUCAACAACAUCAAAUACCUCGACUUCUAGUUUAGAUUCAAGAUGAACUUCGUGCUGCUUAGCGUCUGCCUGGUAGUAGCGUCGGCCUUCCCGCAUGAGUUCAAACUCACAGUGGACAUGCUAGACAAGGCGAUCGAGAGAGUGAAGAAAUUCCCGAAAUACAUUCCCAGCUAUGUGAUGGAGCAGAUUGACACAGCAACUGAUGAGGAAAAAGAGCAAUUUGUCAAUUUUGUGAACAAACUCGACAAAGGGGAAUACAAAAUGGAUGAGAUCAACAACUCUGAGGACCUCGUCAAAUUGGUCGAAAAGGAAGCACCAGCUGUAGGAAAGAAGGCUAGAAUUAUUCAAGACGAAUACACUAAACGUAUGCAGCAGGUCACACCACAAGCUCAGGAAUUCCUGGCAAAGUGGGAGAAGACAUGGUUCACGAAUGUGCAGCAAUAUAGCGGAGAUAAGAAAGCCUUCUUCAAGCAGAUGAUUGAGCUAAUCCCUCAACUAAUGGAGGAGGUUCAUGGGUUCUCGGAGGAGACUUGGAAGAGCCUUGAGGAGCAAUUCCCAGAGCAGACAGCCGCAUGGAAGGAUAAUGAGGAUCGCCUGAAGCAAUUUUAUGAGUUCAUCAAGAGCCUACCGAAGCAGGACUUAGCUGAGGAUCCGGAAGCGUUCAGAAAGUUCGCUCACCUCGGACUCCAGAAACUUCUUCCAAUUGAAGCUCUCAGAGCUUGAAGAUAUUGAGAUUUGUGGUCAAAUGCUUUAUCAAUGAAUUUGUUUUACUAAUUUGUAAGAUGUGAUAUGCAAAGAAAUUUUGAAAUAAACUGGUCAAUGAGCCUGG